AUUUCAUGAGCUCAUGAAGGUGCGCUAGAGCAGCAAGAGACAAACACAAACAGCUCGGGUCUUAAGAUUUUGCUUUUCAGAGAAGGCAAAAAAAAAUAAAUUUUCUUCCGUCUUCAUCUUUUAUGAUGGAGGGCUUUGCUGAUCUUCUUACUGAUGCAUUUUCAGAGGGUUCAGUUCCCUCGUUCUCCACGGGAGAUUUGGACUUUGAGAGUUUAUGCUUUGAUGAGAAGAGCGAGAAAGAACAGGACGAAAACCCAACGACAGAGAGCGACGAGGCUCGGCUUCAGGAAGCAUCUGCAGAAGGUGCAGCUUUGCUGGAGGGCCCCACUGCAGACGCACUGAACUCAGAUGAGAACGCUUACAAAGAGCAGAGUGAUGAGGAAAAUGAUGAAGAGGGGCUUAACGGGGUCCGUUUUAGCAGUGAAACCCCAGAGGACGAUGAAUGCCCAAGCUCCGGCGGAGAAGAAGAACGGAGCGAUUUCUGCUCUGCAAGAGAUGAAGAGGAGGAGGCUGAAAGCCCAGAGGAAGAAGACGAUACGCUGAAGUUGAUUUAUAAAACAGUGGAUGGGAUCCUGGAGGAUGAAGACUCUGAGAUCCUGGAAGAUGCUGAUGAGCUUCAAGUUCUGCAAGAAGAUGCGCACAGUGAUGAAGAGGAGGACGCAUGUAGAAACGAGAACAUUGCAGAAAGCCCCGAGAGCGAGGGGGAACAACAAGUCGAACAGGACUCCUCCGAAUCCGACUAUGAAGGCGUGAAAACUGAAGAAAAGGAAAAUCCCGGCACUGUCGAUACAGCAGAUUCUGGUUUGGAGUUCUCCUGCAUGUCUCUCCAGAAUCUGCAGGAUCUCAUCUCUGAAGUGGAUGGUGAGGUUUACGAAGAGAAAAUGUCAGACUUCACUGGCGACGAGCACCAGGAGGCAGGUGAGAGCUUUGCAGAUUACCCCUCAGACUUUUCCUCUGGUGAAUACGGCAGAAAUGCUGCACGGAGCGCCUCGCCUCGUCCGAGGGAGGAAGAAGGCCCGGAGAGAGCCGUGACCGAAAGCGUGUGGAGCCACGGGUCUGAGGAGGCGGGUUCUGGGAAGGAGGAAGAGUUCCUGUUCAGCAGAGACAUAGAAGUAAAUGUUGAGAAGAUGAUGAUGAGCCUGUAUGAAGCAGCUGGAGAUGAAGCUGAAAGGAAAGCAGAGCAUUUGUUGAGAGGGACGAGCUUUGAUGAUGAAGAGAAAACAAGUGAGAGCGACUCCUACAGCUCCAGUGAUGAUGAAGAGCCGCCGAGAAGAUCCAGUGAUGUAUUUUCACAUAAGUCCAGAACCCGACUCCUUGAAGACGACACAAACCUGGAGGACAUUAAAUCUCUUGGUGCCAGCGGCUCUGAUGACUGCAGCUUUGGGCGCGACAGAUGCGAUCCAGCUGAGUUCCUCAGCUCAGAGUUAGGUGCAUUAGAAACCAAAACCUUUCUGUAUGAAUUCUUCAUGGGCCAAGAGGACACAGAUGGGACAGAAUCACCUAAUUCAGGCAGAAAUCAGUGUCCGGAUCAAGAUGUCAACAGCUACUCUGUGGUGCAGAAGAAAGACCCGAUACCAGCAAGUCCGUUCGUCCAGGGAUCCAUCGACGACAGCUUCUUCUUCGACAGUGAACCCAAUGACUUCACCGAUGACGGACAGCAGCAGCAGGAGGAGGAGGAGGAGGAGGAGGAAGAAGAAGACGAGUACGAAGAGAGGAGAAACUUUGAACAGAUGAAGCAGAGAAUCGAAGCUUUCAAAAAAUUUUACGACAACAGCGAUUACGAGAACGGGCGAGAAGAGAGGCAGAUAAAAGUCCAGUUUUGUGCAGACCCCUUAUCUCAAGUGAAUUAUUAUGAAACUGACAGCAGUGACAGAGACUCGGUCAGCAGCUCCUCAGACGGGGAGGAAGACCGGAGCUCUGAAGAACAAUCUGAUGACAAAGAGGAAGAUCUGAAUCCUGCAGAACAAUCUGAAGACAAGGAGGAAGAACUGAAUCCUGCAGAACUAUCUGAUGACAAGGAAGAGGACCUGAACUCUGGGGAUCAAUUUGAAGACAAGGAAGAAGACUCGAGCUCUUCAGAACAAUCUGAUGAACCACAGGAGCCUGAAGAAGACCAGGACAUAAAAUCUGUGUUUGAUCCCCCAAUCAUUCAGCAGCAUCAGAGCCCUGCAGACGUCGUUGACACACAAACCUGCACAGCAACACCCAGGUCUUUCAGCACACUGAAGAUGAUCGUGACGCUGGGAGUGCUGACGGCGACGGGGCUGAUGAUGUUCAGCCUGACCACAGACCAGCCCGACUGGCUCACACAGUUUCUCUUCUUUUAGAGCUGCAGCUCAUUUUGGUUAUAAAGGAUGAAGAAAAAAAAGCUCU